AAAUAUGUUUCCGUUAGUUAGGAACUAUACAUUUAAUUGGACAAACUGUAGUCUAACAAAUAACCCUUUACUUACGUUCCAUAUUUAUUUACUGGAUUUAAAUUCAUCUUGCACUCGAGUAGAGUAUGGGAUUUUUCAAUCACAUUCGUUGUCCAAAAAUUUGAACAAAAGGUAUCGUAGUGGAUUGCUUUAUUCAACACUUAAAUGUUUACUAUGUGUGAAGGAAUUAAAGAGUGUCUGUUGGUCCCUUGUAUCGUUAUAUACCCUGUGUGUACCUUAAAGAAAGGUCAAAUUAUCAGGAUCUGUACAGGACCAAAAUGAGGGGGGCUGCCGCAUUUGCUUUGUUCUUGGAUUAAAUUUUUACACCGAUUAUCCCAUGAAUAAAUCGUUAUUUAACGCAGUUAAAAACUAACGUUAAUCUUCUUUCAUGUUUUACCACGUGACGUUGGAUUAAAUGUAAGUGAGGGAUUAAUGUGACCAUUUAAAUAUUUUUUCAUGUGUAUUAAACUUUUAGCAGUAUAUAACAGAGGUGGAGAUUCUACUUUAGAGUUCAAAUUUUAUACGUAAAUUAUCAAUGAAUUUCUCGGGAAUAAUUACGCGGUUUUGUGAGGCUAAGAAUUUAUAGCCGUGUGGUACUCAGAACUGGUUGAAGAUGCAUUUCGUGGCAAGAAAUACUACCAACGAAACAGGUCUUAGACCACCGAACCAUCAUCUGAGUCCCGGUGUGUAUGGACAUCGUCACCGGUCAAAUUCUAACGACUCUAAGCACAGCUGGUUCAAGUAUAAACUCGCCGGGUCGGGAUCCCAAAUAAUUCCCAGCAGUGAUAACGAGGCUACUGAUGACGAAGUCGAUUUUAACGAAAACGAGGACCUUACUCAGGAAUUCGUCAAAAGCAAUGAACUGACAAAGGACCACGACUGUGCAAAAGAGGGUUGUAAUCGAGUGGUUCUUAACGUGAGUGGAAUGCGGUUCGAAACCCAGAUGCGGACUUUAAAUCGUUUGCCACAUACACUCCUCGGAGAUAAAGAAAAAAGAGACAAGUUUUGGGAUCCUCGCACACAAGAAUAUUUUUUUGAUCGCCAUCGGCCAAGUUUUCCUGCCAUUUUAUAUUUCUAUCAAAGUGGAGGAAGACUGGAGAGACCAAUUGAAGUGCCAAGUGAUAUCUUUCUUAGCGAGCUUCAAUUCUUUGAACUUGGAAAGAAUGUGAUAAAUUCCUAUAAAAAGAAAGAAGGGUUUUUCAUGGAAACUGAUGAAAUCCCAGAAAUGCCUGAAGGAACGUUUCAAAGGCGAAUUUGGGAACUAUUAGAAUACCCAGAAUCCUCGAUCCCAGCUCGCGUUUUAGCUGUGUUUUCAGUAGUUCUUAUUGUAACUUCAGUAGCAACGUUUUGCGUGGAAACUCUUCCAGUAUUCAAUGGUACACAGUGUGUGAACACGACUAUCAUUUCUGAAAACGGUGAAGCCAUUUCAAGAUUGAUGCCAAAUUUUGUCCAUCCACUUUUUAUUAUCGAAUCCGUCUGUAUUGCGUGGUUUGUAAUAGAACUUAUUGCGAGGUUUAUAUUCUGUCCCUCCAAGCUCAAAUUUAUGAAAAGUAUGAUCAACUGGAUUGAUUUGGCCUCAAUAACCCCAUAUUUCAUUUUCAUGACUGUUUUCUUAGUCACUUGGAAAUGUGAACAAGGAAACCAAGGCGGAAUUCUCUCCGUUCUAAGGGUGUUUCGUGUUGUACGUAUUUUUAAAUUAAGCAAACAUUCGGAAGGCCUCAAAAUUCUAGGAAAGACACUACAGACGAGUAUGCAGGAACUUAGUAUGUUUGUUUUGUUUCUAGCAAUAGGCAUCGUGAUUUUUGGUGGUGCUAUUUAUUAUGCCGAAUUGCCAGAAAAGCAUACCUUUUUCACAAGUAUUCCAGAUGCAUUUUGGUGGGCAGUCGUUUCCAUGACGACUGUAGGAUACGGGGAUGUUUAUCCGAAAGGUGUUUUCGGAAAGCUAGUCGGAAGCCUCACAGUGUUGUGUGGAUUAUUAGCCAUUGCGCUUCCGGUUCCUGUUAUAGUUACAAACUUCAAUAACUUCUACAGGAACUCGAUGAAUAAGCCGAAGUAAC